AUGUCUUUGAACACUAAACGCCUUCAAAAACCAGUGCUACCGUAUAACGUACACUGUAAAAGUUGCACAACGACACUAACCCGUCAGGAUGCUCAAACGGGAAAGAUUCUGAAAAUCCAAGACGAAAUGUUUCACAAAUCGUGUCUCAAGUGCUCAGUGUGUCAGAAAGAGUGA